AUUUAACUUUUGACCAUUAUCUGAAAGUCUGGUGAAACUUUUUUACCUGAUAUGUAUGGAGUUUUCAAUACCUUUCCUGUCAACUAGAAAAAUGAUCCAGGAUAUUUUUUCCACUGAGAAGACCAAGGGCCAUUACAUCCUCCAUGAUGACUAUUGUUUUCUUGUUUACAGAACCAUCCUUCUGAUCCUAGGUUCCAGCAGUAUCAAUCUGUGGAACAACAAACAAGUUAGAUCUCCCACUCCAUCAAAAGCAGAUUGAGUGUUGGCUACCUGAAAAUGUUGGCCAUGAGUGAUGAGCUAGAUCAAGAAGAUGAUGGAAAGGAAGAUGAUGUUGAUAGCAAAGCUAAUAAUGUUUUGAUGUCAGAUCAUUACCUUAGGCAGAGUUACCCUCUAGUUCUUUGUAUUACAGAAUUUCCCAUGAUAUCAUCAAGAAAUGUCCUUUUGUUAUUGGGCUGCCAUGUUCAAGUGGAAUAAAGGUGCCCAUCUCUAAUGCUUCAUGAUGAAUAGCAGUGUUUGGAAAAGCAACACUACAAACCCCAAUCAUAGAUCAGCAGGCUUUGGGGUGAGUAUUACUCAAUUAUUUUGCAAGACAAAAUUGAGUGGUAAAAAAAUUUUCUUGAGCUGCUAGUUAGUCAUGAAGUAAAAGGGAUGAAGUACUCGUGAUGAAAGAUGAAACCAAGAGGAGAAUCAAGAGCUAUGAAGCCAGAAAAUGGAUAAAAUUGAAAAACUUCAUUCUGCACCCGCCCUCCAUUUGGACAUUUGAUAGGAAUGGUGUGGAAGUUCCUGGCUAAAACAUUUGCUAGGGAGGCUGUUUUUGACAGCUUGACCAUUGUUUUUGCAGAGGUUUGGUUUCUUAGAUUUGUUUGCUUUCAAAUUGGCUCGGGAAAUCAUCAUCGUCCUCUUGUGCAUGUUGAGAGGUAUCAGAUUUUCCUUUGAGAGCAAGGAUGACUAGUUGAGGAAACCACGAAAAGAGCAAGAAAAUCAAAUUAUCAUUUGAAGCAAGUUUCAUCACAAAAACCUACAAAGACGCAUCUCGAUGAGGAUUAGCACAGAGACUGUCAUUCUUGUAAAAUGUAGAAAACCUAUAGAGAUGGAAUCGUAGAAGACUCUAUGUAGCCUAUUGAACUAAGACUAGACAAGCUAUGCUGGCAUGAUAUGACUGAUGUUUGGUACCUGCCAAUUAGCUACUUUGCAAUUUUAAAUGGUUUUUAUUAUUUUAUUAUUAAGACAAGUGAUUCAGAGGAAAGAAAUCGAACCCUUAUCA